AUGUUGAUCAACGCUCAGACCGCCAUAUCAACGACCAAAGUACUUCUCGUCCCAUAUUCAACAUGGCAUGUCCCUCGCUAUCAUGAAUGGAUGCAGGACGAGGACAUUCAACAAGCGACUGCAUCCGAGCCCCUCUCAAUCGAGGAGGAAUAUGCAAUGCAACGCAGCUGGCGACAAGACGCAGAUAAAUUAACAUUCAUCGUCUGCCGCCCCAUCGGUAACCCAGAUGAUAUCUCUGAUGUCACUACGCACUUGUCUGCCGACUCCGACUCUCCCUCAAAAAUGGUCGGCGACAUCAAUCUCUUCCUCCAUGUCGAUGACGGCGAUGAAGGCGACGCGUCUCCAGAACUAUACGGCGAAAUCGAGCUCAUGAUCGCCGAGACAGCGAAUCAAGGCCAGGGCUUCGGCAAGGCGGCUCUACUGACAUUCCUGCGAUACAUCGUGGAGAAACAGACCGCUAUUCUCGAAGAGUUCAUCACGGCCGAUGUCGAUGCAGACACGGUGGGUAAAUUGAGGGCUGCAACGCCGCGUCUGCGAUUCUCGUAUUUGAGUGUGAAGAUUGGAGAGGCCAAUUCUCGCAGUUUGGGCCUUUUCGAGAGGUUGGGGUUUGAGAAGGUCUCGAGUGAGCCGAAUUACUUUGGGGAGUUCGAGUUGAGAAGGAGGGAUUUCGAGCUUGCGUCUUUGGAUGAGAGGCUUUUGGGUGCUGGCAUUGAGGGUUAUCGCGAGAUGACUUAUUCACGCGAGCAGUGA